GCAGGAUCGAGCCGUGCAGAUUCUGAUUGCAGGCCUGCUGCUGGGUGGUGUUCAUGAGAGCAAAGCAGAACAGACCCGCCAUUUCCCGUUCUCAGAGGUCCUGUUUUUUUCUCCUUUCACGGCGCUUUGACGCUGAGCAGCAGUGGGCAGUAGGAGGAGGGAGAACAGGGAGAGGAGGAGGAGCGGCGGCGACAACGACGACUUGCGGAGCGGCGGAGGCAGGGAUCCGGUGUGCUACAUCGGGAUGAGAGCGAGACAGAGACCCGGGUUGAAUGAGUCAGCGAAAGAAACCUCACUGUCUUGGCAUUUCUAAAUUCCGAAUGAAUCGGGACUGACCCUGCCUAAAAAAAAGAAAAAAAAUUCGAGUCUAUAUAUUUUUUAUAUAUAUUUAUUGUUGUCAGAUUCCGAUUUCCUUUAUAUUCCGCCCUCCCCUGGUCCGCGUCUGCCAUAGCCUAGUUUUGAUUUUUCUUUCCUCCGAGCGAGGUGGGAAAAAGGGGGGUCUUGAGAGGCAAAGGAGGAGGUGGAUAUCAAAUUUCAUUUUUUAAACAGCUGGGGAAACGAAAACCUAACUUCGGAGACUAAAGCCGUUCGGGCUUCACAUUUUUUGAGUCUUUUGUUUCAUUGAGUAAAGCGAAGAUGUCGGGACAGAGCAUUACGGACAGGAUAACGGCAGCCCAGCACAGUGUAACGGGAUCCGCGGUGUCGAAAACAGUAUGCAAGGCCACCACGCACGAAAUUAUGGGCCCAAAGAAGAAACAUUUGGAUUAUUUGAUCCACUGCACCAACGAGAUGAACGUGAACAUUCCCCAACUGGCCGACUCUUUAUUCGAGAGGACCACCAACACCAGCUGGGUGGUGGUGUUCAAGUCGCUCAUCACCACACACCACCUCAUGGUGUACGGCAACGAGCGUUUUAUCCAGUACUUGGCUUCAAGGAAUACACUUUUCAACCUCAGCAAUUUUUUGGACAAAAGUGGCCUACAAGGCUACGACAUGUCUACGUUCAUCAGAAGGUAUAGUCGGUACCUGAACGAGAAAGCCGUCUCCUACAGACAGGUCGCCUUCGACUUCACAAAAGUUAAACGAGGAGUCGACGGCGUAAUGAGGACCAUGAACACAGAGAAGCUGCUCAAGACCAUACCCAUUAUUCAGAACCAGAUGGACGCCCUCCUCGACUUUAACGUCAAUGCCAACGAGCUGACUAAUGGAGUCAUCAAUGCAGCCUUCAUGCUCCUCUUCAAAGACUCCAUCAGGCUCUUUGCUGCUUACAAUGAAGGCAUCAUCAACCUGCUCGAGAAAUACUUUGACAUGAAGAAGACUCAGUGUAAAGAAGGCUUGGACAUUUACAAAAAGUUCCUCACUCGCAUGACCCGGAUAUCGGAGUUCCUCAAAGUAGCCGAGCAGGUGGGAAUUGAUCGAGGCGAUAUCCCAGACCUCUCACAGUUCACAGUUUGUGCUCCCAGCAGCCUCCUGGAAGCUCUGGAGCAGCAUUUGGCCUCUUUAGAAGGGAAGAAAGUCAAAGACUCCACUGCAGCCAGCAGGGCCAGCACUCUAUCAAACGCAGUGUCCUCAUUGGCUAGCACAGGGAUGUCUUUCACUAAGGUGGAUGAGCGGGAGAAGCAGGCAGCUCUAGAGGAGGAACAGGCCCGACUCAAAGCUCUCAAGCAAAGGCUCAAAGAGCUCUCGAAGAGGCCAUCUUUUUCCACCACCGAUACAUCGCCAAUCUCCACCACCGGGGGCACCAUCAGCACAGCACCAACCAUCGACCUCUUCUCCACACCCAGCUGCUCAAACGGUGCGGUCAAGAUGGAGAGUGACCUUUUUGACCUGCAGCCGAGCUUCCAGCCCUCCAUGCAGUCGGCCUCCACAGGCCUCCCAGUGGCCACGGCGUGGGCAGAUCCUUUCACCUCUACUGAAGCUGGAGAUGAUUCCAUGCCAAACCUUAACCCUUUCCUGUCAAAACUCGUUGUCGAUGCCACUCACUUACCUGUCGUGUCUUCAGACGGUGUUAGCUUUUCCUCUAGGACAUCCGGUCAUGAAAUGUUUGGUGAUCGUUACAAUCCCUUUACUGACACAAACUCAUCAGUUUCAACCAAUUACAAACGCACAGUGCGGAUAGAGCACUCCAUCUCAGACUCCUUCUGUGGUCCGGUGUCCGUUGCUCAACACCUCCCACACCAGGCUCCCUUCCCCACUGAGCCCUCUACUGUAGCAGGUCUAUUCAGAGGAUACUCAACGCCUCAAGCCCCUCCACAACCGCCAGCAGGGGCCCUACAGGUGGACUUUGAGUCCGUUUUUGGAAACAAAGCCGCCGGCAGCGGGAGCCUCAACUCUGAUGAUCUCACCGGAGGCAUCCUGAAGCCGACUCUCGCCGGCUCCAACCAGCUGUCCAAUCAGCAGCCUGAGAAGCUGGUGUCAGACGACCUUGACUCUUCCCUGGCCAACCUUGUCGGCAAUCUGGGCAUCGGAAAUGGAACGAUGAAGAAUGACAUCCACUGGAGCCAGCCGGGGGAGAAGAGGAUGACCGGCGGCACCAACUGGCAACCCAAGGCAGCGCCCACCACGACCUGGAACCCCGUCUCCAUGCCAGCGUCAGUCAUGGCCUUCCCUGCCACCACUCCCACAAGCAUGAUGGGAUACAGCAUGCCUCCACAAAUGGGCUCCAUGGGGAUGAUGAAUCCGCCCACCAUGAUGUACACCCAGCCCGUCAUGAGGCCACCCAACCCCUUUGGCUCAGUGUCCAGCGCUCAGCCCUCUGCAGCCUCUAGUCCUUCCAGCCAGAGUCCUCUCCGAGCCCCUGGACAGGACCCGUUUGCACACCUCUCUCUCAAGGAUUUCUUGUAGAGCAUCUCUUUAGAUGCAGUUCAUGUAAUUUGAAGGAAGUGUCUCAGAAGAUGAAGCACUUAGCUG